AUGGUGCGGUCGGCGACGGAAUUUCCAGAUGGGAUUGAAAACACAUUAUCAACCACCCCUCAAGUGGACCACUACGAUGCUGAAAAGGGGAAUAACCUCAAAGACCCCGAUGGAGCGGGGGCUCCAGAGCUCGCAGAGGUGCAGGAAUUGCGACAGGGUCUCAAACAACGUCACAUCCAAAUGAUCGCACUCGCAGGCACCAUCGGUACGGGACUGUUCCUUGGCUCAGGUCGAGCGCUCGCUAAUGCAGGACCGGCGGGUAUUUUCAUGGGGUAUACGAUCAUGGGGAUACUGAUCUCCGGUGUCACACUAUCUAUUGGAGAGCUGAGCGCACUCGUUCCUCUUAGCGGAGGUGUCAUUCGGCCCGCUGCUUAUUUUGUGGAUCCGGCAUUCUCCUUCGCGCAAGGAUGGAAUGUUACGUAUCAGUACCUCAUCUCCAUCCCUGCAGAGAUAUCCGCAGCAUCGGUGAUCAUACAGUUCUGGAUUACGUUGAAUAAUGCAAUCUGGGUCACUGUCUUUAGCGCGAUUCUGUUCGCAACUAACAUCUUUUUGGUCUGUGUUUACGGUGAAAUCGAGUUCACACUUGCAAUUUUAAAAGUUUGCCUUAUUGUGGGUAUGAAUAUCAUGGGUCUUGUGAUCACCUGCGGUGGUGGCCCUAAUCAUGAAUCGAUUGGUUUUCGAUACUGGAAUAACCCCGGACCAUUCGUGCAGUAUUUAAAGGUCCCGGGAUCAUUGGGUCAGUUCAUGGGAUUCUGGACCGUGUUUAUUAAUGCAGCAUAUGCCUACUCCUCGGUAGAGACCAUUUCGAUGGCUGCGGCAGAGACAUACGCCCCACGACGGAAUAUUCCAAAAGCUGCAAAGCGAGUGUUUGUCCGAGUUUUGCUCUUCUACGUCAUCUCCAUCUUCAUGAUCACCCUGCUGGUUCCUUCAAAUGAUCCCAUGUUAUUGAGAAGCACAGGCACCGCCGCCCAGUCUCCAUUCCUUAUUGCUGCGCAGCGCGCAGGAGUCAAGGUGGUGCCCCAUAUUAUCAAUGCCAUCGUGCUUAGCAGUGCCUGGAGCUCAGGGAAUUCCACACUCCUCGGUGGAUCCAGAAUCCUCUACGGUCUAGCCCGCGAAGGCCAAGCCCCGAAAUUCCUCGCACGCACGAACCGCUGGGGUGUCCCGUAUAUGGGCGUUGUUGCAAUUGGAGUGUGGAUGGCACUGGGUUACAUGUCUCUCAGUUCUACGGCCGAGGCUGUAUUCACCUGGCUGCAAGACCUCGUUGCCUGCGCCCAAAUUAUGAGCUGGCUUGUGAUUUGCACUACCUAUCUACGCUUCUACUAUGCCCUGAAGAAGCAGGGUAUCUCGCGUAGCAGGUUACCGUGGGCUGCACCGCUUCAGCCUUAUGCGGCGUGGAUGACCUUGAUCUCACUGGUUAUCAUUUUGCUUACGGGUGGCUACACCACUUUUAUUCAUGGCCACUGGUCUACCGAAACAUUUAUUUCUUCCUACCAUGACAUUGCAAUCUUCGCCGGUCUGUACUUCGGGUAUAAGUUGUGGUUCCGAACUAAGACUGUUUCUUUGGAUGAGUCGCCCGUUGCUCGAUUCGUGCAGAUUGCGGAGAACAACCCCGAUCCACCGGAGGAGCCCGAGUCUAAAUGGGCUAAACUCAAUAUUUUGUGGGCUUGA